AUGGAGGUGGUGGUGGAGGUGGUGGAGGUGGUUGUGAUGGAGGUGGUGUCAGUGAUGGUGGCAGCUGUGGUGGUGGUGGUGAUGGACGUGGUGGUGGUGAUGGUGGAGGCAGAGGUAAUGGAGGUGGUGGUGGUGGUUGUGAUGGAGGUGGUGUCAGUGACGGUGGCAGCUGUGGUGGUGGUGGUGAUGGACGUGGUGGUGGUGAUGGUGGAGGCAGAGGUGGUAUCAGUGAUGGAGGUGGUGUCAGUGAUGGUGGCAGCUGUGGUGGUGGUGGUGGUGGACAUGGUGGUGGUGGAGGCAGAGGUAAUGGAGGUGGAGGUGGUGGUAGAGGUGGUGGUGGUGAAGGUGGAGGUAGAUGUGGAAGUGGUACUGAUGAUGGUGGUGAGGGUGGUGAUGUCAGUGGUGGUGGCAGCUGUAGCUGUGGCCGUGGCCGUGGCCGUGGCCGUGGCGGCAGUGUCAGUCUAG